GUUUGAGAAGGAGAGGAAAACAAUUAAAAUAGGCCCAAGAGCCCCACCUGCUUGCUCUCCAGGAGAGAAAUCAGCCAUGGAUCAUCCUCCACCAUCCGAAGGCAACAACGCUGGUAACGGUCUCAUUCCAGGAGGCCACCCUAACCAGUCUGGCGACUGUCAGAGCCAGAGUUAUGGAGCUCUGUACGGCCAGCCUCAUGAGGUUCAGUGUCCUGGUUUGUCUGCUCAUCAGCCCACCAAUCCAGGAGAAAAAUCAGCUAUGGAUCAGCCUCCACCUUACCCUGGUGACACUGCUGGCAAUACUUUCAAUCCAAGAGGCUACCCUCAGGUCCAGCCUUUCAGAGCUCCAUAUUUCCAGCCUCAUGAGGGUCAGUCUCCUGUUUUAUAUGCUGGUCAGCACACUAAUCCAGGAGAGAAAUCAGCCAUGGAUCUGCCUCCACCUUUUCCUGUCGACAACGCUGGUAAUAGUCCCAUUCCAGGAGGCUACCCCAUCCAGUCUGGCUACCCUCAGGGCCAGCCUUAUGGAGCUAUGUUUGGCCAGCCUCAUGAGGGUAAGUCUCCUGGUCUGUGUGCUGGUCAGCCCACUGUGCAGCCUACAGUCUAUGUGACCACUGUUACCACAACUCAGCCCUUGCUCAACACGCCGUGCUGCUGUUUACCUCAGGGUGCUGCUGCUCUCUUCUUUCCAAUCAGAACUCGAGUUGCCAACGUGUCCUGUCACAGAACUCUGGCCGAGAGAAGCUCAAAACGGCGGUACUUCGUGUUCAGCAUUGAUCUGGGAGUUGCAACUGUUCUCAUCUUUUUUGUUAUCAUCUCUUUGCUGAUGUGCACUGAACCAGCACACACAAUAAUCUUUCUUUAAAACUGAAGCUUAAAUAGUCCAGAGAUUUAGCUUUAUUUUUUAUUAUUUAUAGUGUUGAUAAGGUUUAUACUGUUUCCCGUUUCUAUUACUGAGUGCCUUACUCCUGUUACUCUGCUGCUGCUGUAAUACUGUGAAUUAAAGGAUUAAAGGAUCUUAUCUUAAUGAACAGAACAAGAGAAACGGCCCAAAAGUAUUUGGAAAAAUGUCUGGUUCCUUUGACCUUA